CUGACAAUGAAGGUUGCCAUUUUCCUGAUCGCCCUUCUGCCUCUGGUCUUCUGUGCUCCAUCUGAGGUGGACAAACGCUGGCUUGUUGACCUUCAUGCUGUCAUGGACCAGAUUAAGCAUCUGAUCACACCGGAUAUGGAGGUUAGCACCUGUAAUACCCUCUGCAAGUCCGUCGUCAGCGGCCUCGGCGAGCUUGUCUGUCCAACCGCCUGUAGCACACUGAUCUCCACUCUCAACGGUUAAAUAAAUAAUUAAAA